GCGGGCGUGAGCGGCGAGGGCGGCCGGGGAGGCUCGAAGGGCGGACGGCAACGGCCAGCUCUCGGCCCGGGGCUGCGGGAGCCGGAGACCGACCGGCGGCGGCGGCUGCUGCCGUAGGAGCCGAGGGUGUGACACCGCCCCUGCCCGCGCCCUGCCUCAGGCCAUCGCUGCCCGCUCCCCCGGGGCCUCGCGCGAAGCCGCCUGCGUGAAGUGUCACGAUGUCUGACCGGAAGGCCGUGAUCAAGAAUGCAGACAUGUCUGAGGACAUGCAACAGGAUGCCGUCGACUGCGCCACUCAGGCUAUGGAGAAGUACAACAUAGAGAAGGACAUUGCUGCCUAUAUCAAGAAGGAAUUUGACAAGAAAUACAACCCUACCUGGCAUUGUAUUGUGGGCCGAAAUUUUGGCAGCUACGUCACACACGAGACAAAGCACUUCAUCUAUUUUUACUUGGGUCAGGUUGCAAUCCUCCUCUUCAAGUCCGGCUAGGCGGCUGCAGAGAAGGUGUCAGUGGCGGCGGCGAUGGCAAGCAGACGGCGUUGCUGGGACUAUUUUGCACUGGGGCCAGCAUCAGGAUGUCCUCUCCAAUGGCUGUGCUACUGCAUGGACUGUAUACUCGAUUUCAUGUGUAUGUCGCAGUAAACAAAACCAAACUUUUUUCUGUUUAGUUGCCUGGGGAAGAAGGCUGCUUUACAUUUAUUUUCAAAACUUAAAAAUUUUUUUGUUGUAUUGCACUAGGAAAUCUCUCCCACCCUUUCCUUUUCUCUUUCUCUCUCUUUAUAAACUAAGCCCUCAGUAAAGCCUGUAAAACUCAGAAGGCUGGGGAAAGAAGUCAGUUUCUGGAGGUGGAACUAAAACUGCAUCUGCCUCUUCCUGGUGGUGGAUGCUGCUUUAGAAGGACCAGGGAGGCUGCUGGGCGACAGUGUUAGAAUCAGCAAGGAGAGAGGAAUAGGAAGGAGGGUAGGGGGAUUGAUCUAGUACCAGGGAGACUAUUCCACUGAACUGUGAUUCCAUGGCUUGGGGCAGAGUGUGGGGUUAGGGAGGUGGGUUCUUUAAGGGGCCCCGAGACGUGUCUGUGAUGUGUGGAGUGGGGAGCAGAUUUGUCUUGCUGUCUUUGUCAGAAAAGUUUCUCAGUAAGGGCUGUGUCUUUGUGGAUUACCUUCCUGUCAGAGCCCAUGCUAAAAGAAUGUUGGAGGUAGGAUUAGCUUGAUUUUUUUUUUCUUUUUAUUCUCUACUUCUUUCUGCUCCCUGCUUAGCCCUCAGUUUUCUCAUUCCUCUAGAGUUCUCUUAGAGCAGCCCCUGUUAGUUGGCUGGCAAGGGAAUUUCUGGUGACUGUAGUUCCUUAGUUAGGUCUUAGCAGUCAAACCAAAUCAAUGUCUGUGUAUAUGUGUGUGUUUGUCAGUGUGUAUGUGUGUGUGUGUGUCUUGGUUUGGGGUAGAGGGGAGGGAAGGGCAGGAUGGUAUGGAAUCUCUAGGGUAUAUGGGUAGUUAGGGUACACAGUUAGUUCUAAGUGAGCCUUUAUGUUAAAAUUUUUUGGGAGGUGAAGACAUGGAACAGCCCCUGCACUCUCCAUCCCCACCCCUACCCCCAGCCACCUUGCCCAGAUACUGCGCUAUGGCUGUGUGCUCCCAGGAAGGUUUUAGGAGGAUAGCCCACAAUGAGUUGACCACAUUGCCAUCUGUCCUGAAGGUGGCUCUCGGUGGAGAGGGAAAGUGACUUUGUGGUUGGUUGUCACCUCUUGUGGGCAGUAGGGAUGGAAGUGAUAAGAGCUGUCAGGUGCUUGGGAGGAAGUUUACAGUGAUGAAGCCUGGUAUCAGGAGAUGGAGCAGAGCUGCUGGUGGGAGGAGAUUCCAAGGAGAGUACUGGGAAACCUUAUCUGUUGAUCAAAUAGAGAUGGGGUGGGGUAUGAGUGGGGGGAGUCAUUGCUGACAGCUGCUGAUUCUUGUAAAUUGCAUUUAAAACUCUUCUUGUGUAAGGUUGACACUGGUGGGGUUUGGGUCUAGCUCACUUUUUUUUUUUUCCCCCCAACUCCAUCCUUGGGCUGGUGGGAAGGCAGGAGAAUAUCCCCUCUCCAAGAAUUUAGUGUUUGCCGAGCUUUCUUUCUGAUGCUGACGGGAGGGUGGGAAUUGGGAUGAUGAGUGAGUUCCCUGUACCAAACCCUUUUAUGAAUGUUCAACUCUGUGUUUUCCCCUGUCCUCCCAGACUUGUGUGGCCAGUUGGAAAUGUCUAGUUUGUGUUCAUCUCCCUCAUUUCUGGAGUUGGGGCUGAGACCCUGCCACAUCUCCUAUGCUCUGCAUCCAUGCCUCUUUUGGACAUUAAAGGUUGAUUGAUGCA